GAAGAAGAAGAAGACACGCUGAAAAUCUCAAAUCAGUUGCGGACGGCGCUGCCUGCAUCAUCCGCUGACUGAGCCAGGAACCGAGCAGCAGGAGAACCGGAGAAAAAAUGGCGUUCACAUUCGCGGCCUUUUGUUAUAUGCUCGCUCUGUUGCUCACGGCGGCGCUUAUCUUCUUCGCUAUCUGGCACGUAAGUACACUUUAAGACAUCUUUGGGCUACGGCCGUUUCUCCUUUACUGUUAACGGCGCUGAUUUGAGUGGGAGGAAGACGGAGGACGGCUGGCACGGAGCGGGCUAACGUUAGGCCAGCUUCGACGCUACACAGCUGGAACGUUUUCUCGUUUUGACGUAGUAGGUCGCCGCGGUUUGAACACGACGGCGAACACAGGCGAACUCCAUAGAAACGUCCCGCGCUCGGAGUUCAGUGUACGACGUUCUAGAAUGAAUGACACACACACACACACCCAACGUCUGUGCGCGAGCUAAAGUUAGCCGCCCGUUAAACCACAAAUUCAAACAGUUUUUACGUUAUUCCUGUAAUUUCUUCACGUUUUUGAGCCUUUAAAGACGACACUGUAGUUAUCAUGAACAGUUAUUUACUCUUAAAGCGUAUGGCUGUAUACAUAACUGUCAAGUUAGCUAGCCAUGUAGCUCGCAAGCUUUGCUAACGUUGACAUGUAGUUAACGGCUCUGUCGUGCCGCUGUUACCAGCUUACUCCAAUUUAACGACGCGUCACGUUUUUUUCUAGGGUUAAUAUUCGAUUUAUCGUCAAAUGCCAUCGAACUAGUCCUUAAAGUUUAAGGUUAAAUCGCUUCAAAAGUUACAGUGAUUAGUACAGAAAGUAUCGUACCAUUGGUUGGUUUCAAAAGGACUCCAAGUCUUGUUCUGAGGAAUUAACAUGACAUGGAGGAGAAUGGAUUAAAAAAGACAGUAUCAGGUUCUUAAAUAACGUUUCAUUCGAAAUAGUGCAAAGAUGCUUUAUUAGCCUUUGCAGAUAAUUACACAGAUAAAAUCACAGUUCACACACUAAAACUAACAUUGAAUUCAAGAACAGAAGUGCAAUAUUUGGGGAUUAACAAGUGGGUUUCAACCGAUAUUCGACAUGCAGAUAUUGUAAGAAAGCCAAUUCUGAUUUUGAUAUUUAAAGGGAUAUUCCGGUGUAAAAUUAAGUUAGGGUCAAACACACCGUCGAGAGAUGAAUGUUGCUGACCGCUUGCUUCUCUAGUUAUACCAACUUUUUAGUUACGACCGCACGAUAGCAAUACACACUGCCACACGCUCAACCAAAACGCCACUCUAUAGCCACAAAUAAUGUUCAGAACAGCACUUAACUUUAUCAACAGGACAUAUAGGGUCACAGCCAUAGUACUAGACACCAAACAUCUUUUUAACUUUGACUCAUUUCUUUAGCAAAGAGACUAAACACAACUCACCUACUCUCUUCCAGCAGCUGCUUGUUUGUCGCCAGAUCUAGGCCGAGUCCAUCGAUUGCAGUGGGGUUACGCAGCUCAAGGAAGAACAUUUAUGAUAAUUUCUUUAUCAUUUCCUUGAAGUAAUAAUCAUCAUAUUGAUCAUUUUUGCACUGCAGACGGGGUAGUUCUUUGGUCUGAUUGAAUUUCCAUGAAGAAAUAUAACUAGAGAAGCAGGCAGUUGGCAACAUUCAUCUUUCGACCCUUAAUUUUACACCGGAAUAUCCCUGUAACUACACACCUGUAUUUAUUUAUGCGAAGAACAUUAUUUCUUGUGCUCUGAUUCACCUGUCACUCUAAUUGUGACUGCCAGGUUUAGAAGUAGGCAAAAACAGGACCAUAUUUUAUUCUCCCGUAAAUUAUAAAUGUUAACUUUCUUCAGAUAGAAACAGUUCUGUGUCCGCUGCUUUGUUAAAACACUGCCAAUCAGCUGACAUGUUGAAGCUUGUUGGUUUGCACUUAUUAAAUACCUCACCUGACAGAUUCUGUAUAACCAUUUUCUACACAAACAACCAUUUCAUGUUGGAGUCAAAGGAGGCAAUUUGCAGUAUAGAGAAAACCCUCCUUUACAGUAUAUAUUCAGACUGUGAAACACUUCUGCUCAAAAGUGGAAAUUUAGACACAUAGCAGCAUACCAAAGAUGUACUUUUGCACUAAUCCACUGUCUGUACAUUGUAACGCUGUGUUGGUUUUGUCCCCCCAGAUAAUAGCAUUUGAUGAGCUGAAGACUGAUUACAAGAAUCCUAUAGAUCAGUGUAACACUUUAAAUCCGGUAAGUGACACUACACAUCCCUCUGAUCCUUCCUUGCCUCUUUGACUGCAUGCAGAAAAGCUCUGUCUAAAGGUUUUUUUCUUUCUUUGAGGAUAACUUUAUCCACCUACCUGUCUUUUUCGAUCAUUUCUCUGCACUGUUAUGCUAAAUAACCUGCCUGUUAUGAAUUCAGUGAUCUUGUCAGCUGUAAGAAUCUCUAACGCCUUUUUUGUUGUUUUUGUUUUUCCUGAUCUGCUUUUUUAACACUUUUUUUUUUAACGGCAAAAAGACAGUUGAAAAGGUCAAAAAGAUUAAAAGAGUCAAAAUUGCAUUGAAGGUUUGUACCAAUCUUUAAAAUGCCCGCUCAGUUCAACUCAAGUCUGCAGUCUUGUCAUUUUGCACGGAGAAGUGUUUGCAAACGUCUUUUCAGUUAACUAAUCUCAGACUUAAGGCGAGAGCUCAGCCUGGGAUUAGACUCCAUGCCACCUGUGCUUCAGGUUUUUAACUGUCUCGUAGAAAAUUCCUUUUAUAUGUAUUUUUGCAAACAUUUUUGACUGUUGCAGAUGUUUCUUAUAUUUAUUUGUCUUAUGCUUCAAAAAGCUUCUCAGUGUGGCUUUAAGAGGAUGAGCAUUAGGUGAAUUUAUGGAUGGCGCUUUCUAUUUGUAUGUUUUCAUCGAACCAGUGAAAUUGACCCGCAUUAGAGAGAAGCUUCUCUUAGUCUGUGGUAUUAAAGGAUAUUCUGUCAUAUAAUAUUCAAUGUUAUUGAUCAUAGAUUGAGUUUAGCUGUUAACUGAAAAGACUUGCAAAUGCUCAAAACAUGCAUGAUCUUUUUACAACCUACCCUUUGUUUGCAAAUAGUUUAAGAGUUAAAACCAGGACAGUAAACUCUUUAGGAAACUUGAGUUUAAGAGAAGUGACACGACAUGAGGCUUAAAUACACCGGCGUGAUCAAACUGUUAACAUCAACACCAGAAGAACAAAUCUCCUAUUUGACGAACUUUGAUUGGGUGGGUCCGUUACAGUCUGUUUUGUUAUCACCUGGAGCCGUUCCAAAACUGUUCAUACCUGCACGCUUAAAUCAGCAAAGGUACAUCGACUGAACGGCGCUUAGUUUGAGCCGUGGAUUACGGUGCAGGAAAAUGCUGGAUAGACGCUGAAGGAAGCGGAUUAAAAGGUCGUUAAUUUCUCUUCUCUCUUCUGCAUGUAAAUUCAGCAGAACUAAUCUGUAUGAAUAUGAGCUCAGCGUUGGCUCUAACCUCCAUCACCUGUGGUUUAGAGCAGAUGGCUGCAGAGUCCCAACACGCUCCAGCUCAGCAAUAUUCCAGGCGUCUGAUUGGCUGCCGGCUUCAGCGGUAGGCGGAGUAAAUUUGGUGAAGAGUGCAGGUUCCUCAGUGUCUGCUCCAGGAUGCUCUCAGCAGUUCUGACCGCGGCCCGUCGUCUUUUUGCGUGCGGACCCUCAGCUCAGUUGUUCGGCACGUUUGGCGCUGCGAUCAGUUGUUUCGUAUUUGGCAGCACAGUGCAGGAUUUCAACACAUCACACCCUGCACCUCCCUCCCCCCCUACACGCCCCUCACCUCUCCAUCUGUGGGCUGUCGGUCGCCCCCCUCCCUCCUCUUUGAAUGCAUGGCUUCCAUGUGGCGCCUCCAUCUGCCCCUGUGAACCCCCCCCGCACCAGCUCGAACUCUGUCGAACCCGGGGCGGGCUGCUGCAUCACAACACUGCUAGAGCUCACAGCAUGUCCUUCUCCAGUGUGUCAGGACGUGGGAUGGUGAUCCGUGGGUCUGCCCUCUCACUGCAGAACAUGUUGAGAUGAGCAAAUCUUCUGCAGAGCAAGUUGUUGAUGGGUUUCCCCUUUUGUUACUGUGAUCAGAUCUGAUGAUGCAUGAUGAUGUUCACGCAGCAGGGUGGGAAAUCAACCUGUUUUCUCCACUUGCAACAGAUUUAAGUCGAUCUUUAUCAACAUCAGUCACUGAUUCUGAUUCUAAAUCGACCGGGAAAGCCGCCAGAUCAAUAUCUAAAGGGUUAGAAGGAACAUCUAAGACCUUCAUAUGAUCCCAGACCAGAUUCAUGACACCAAAACCAGGACUAAGGAGACCCUGAACCGUUGAGGAACAUUUAACUCAGCGUCAGGACUAUAAUUGGGGUUUUGUACGCGGCUUUAGUCCUGAGUAAAUAUGGAGGUUUUUUAAAUUCCAUGUUUUGCAAGUGGCAGGUCCUGAUUUCUCACCCUGUUCUCUGGAUAAAGCACGGUUCGUGUAUUUCAGUAAACGCAGAGUUAAAAUCAGCUCAUUAGUAUUUCAGUCCUGUCUUUGACCCUCUUCGGGGCCGACUGCAGUUUUUAGACGACUCUUUAAAUAACUCGCUGCUCUCUUUGUACAACUCGCUGCUUUUCAGGGUUUAUAUAUUUAUACAGCUCACUUCACUUCUUUAAAACGUCUCUGCACACUGAGUGAUGGUCUGAACAGUUUAGAUGUUUCUGCUGAUUUUGACCUCCUCCAUGUUGUUUCCUUCACAGCUGGUUCUCCCAGAGUAUCUCAUCCACUUCUUCUUCUGUGUGAUGUUCUUCUGUGCGGCCGAGUGGCUCACUCUCUGUCUCAACCUGCCGCUGCUCGCCUAUCACGUCUGGAGGUUUGUAUCGUGUGAAUAAACGUGCAUCAUCUCUGUGGGAGGUGAUCUAGUCGGAUAACUCAAACCUGUUUGUUCACCUGUUCUGCAGGUAUAUGAGCAGACCUGUGAUGAGCUGUCCAGGACUCUACGACCCCACGACCAUCAUGAACGCCGACAUCCUGGCGUUCUGUCAAAAAGAGGGCUGGUGCAAACUGGCUUUCUACCUCCUGUCGUUCUUCUACUAUCUCUACGGGUACGAGAAACGAGUCUGUUUUGAAGCUUUUCCUCAUGUUUGGGUUGUUUACUGAUGUCGACCCUCUUCUUCUCUCCUCUCUCCCCGCAGGAUGAUUUAUGUUCUGGUGAGCUCUUAAACCCGACCAUGAAGGAGAAGGACCUGCAUGUACAGUCGACGACCAGACACUAUGAUCUUAGUGCUGGAACACUGGACCUGCUGGAGAAGACCACCGUUCAGCAACACUAGACGCCAUUUCUAGCGGACGAACUCUUUGACUCCCCCUCACACAGCGCAGAGUGUCAUUUCGGAAACAUUUAGCCUGUUUUAAGAGAAUCUCUCGGUCUCAGCGUUCCUCUCAUAGCACUAAAAACUAAAUUUUAUAAAUGGAAGACGAGGACAAACCUGAACGGACGUGUUUUUCUGUUUCCUGUUUUUAUUUGAAAUUUGUGGUGAUUUAUAAACGCUUUAGGACUUAAAUAAAGAUUUUUUUUUUUCCAACUUUUGAGUGUUUACAGGUUAGGUGAGACUUUUUCAGGUGUGCAUUAUCUGUGAGAAUCUGAGCUGUGUGCUUUUCUGUUUUUGAUUCUUUCUUUUUGCUUCGAUCGGUUCAUUUUGUACCCGCUCAUUAUCAGUUAAACUCAGAGACUUCAGCUUUUUUUCCUCAGAUGCGUAAAGGUCGAACAGGAGCGUUUUUUUGGGACGGGUUAAUAUCACUUGGUGCGAGGCUGCACGGGGACAAUCACCGUCUGGUGGUCAGGAUAAGUUUUUGGUGUAUUUCUUUCCAAACUUCAGACCUUUUUAUCGCCACGGCUGAAUCGUGUAACCUCCAUUAAAGACAUCAACGGCCAUGUUUGUUUUCUGGAUCCAGGGUAGACAGCGACAUCCGUGUGUGUGAUCUGUGUUUCUGUAGACUCGCCCUCGCAGCUCUGGAAAAGGUAGACUCAACAGUAAAUCUUGUGAAGCGAUAAAUCCUUCGUUUUCUGCUUUUGCGCUCCAGCUGACGUGCCACACUGUUGACUGUACCUUUUUAAAAAAUUCCUCUGUGUGUUUUUUUUUGUCUUCAUUUCAUCACCAGAUAUUCCACAGCGUUAGGAACUCCAGUCUUUUUAUUUAUUGUGUUUCAUUUGACUUCUUCGUGUCUCCAGGAUAUCAAGCACUCCUCGCAGUGUGGGGUCCUCUCCAGAACCAAACCUGGGAGGUUCGACCCCGUUUUGUUGAGGCCACUUAGACGAAAUUCAUCAGAGUAUUUAUUGCCAUUUUUCCAAGUGUGUACAUUUAUCAGGGAAAGGGAAGAUCAUUUGUCGAGAAUAAAAUUAAUUUGAUGUAUUAGAUCCCAUCAUGUCACAUCUAGGAAAUGACAAACUUGAGUUUAUUUCAACCUAAAUAAAAAAAUAUCCCACUCUUAUCGCUGAGCAGUGUGAUGUUUUUACACAAAACUUUAGGAAAUUUAAGCUCCUUUACUAAUGCUGGCUUUGUUAGGAGCUUAAAGGUACAGUCUGUAGAAUUUAG